AUGGCAAUUCUUAAGAGAGGUGCUCGUACCAAGACGGCACAGGCUCCAGAAAAGAGAUCUGCUAAGAUUAAGAAAGCUACCUUCGAUGCAGGAAAGAAGAAAGAAGUAGGUGUAUCUGAUUUAACGUUACUUUCCAAAAUUUCUGACGAGUCCAUUAAUCAAAAUUUGAAAAAGAGAUUCGAGAAUGGUACUAUUUAUACUUACAUUGGCCAUGUGUUGAUCAGUGUUAACCCUUUCCGUGAUUUAGGUAUUUAUACUAAAGCUAUCAUGGACUCCUACAAAGGUAAGAAUAGAUUAGAAGUCCCACCUCAUGUUUUUGCAAUUGCUGAAUCUAUGUAUUAUAAUAUGAAAUCAUAUAACGAAAACCAAUGUGUCAUUAUUUCUGGUGAAUCUGGUGCUGGUAAAACCGAAGCUGCCAAGAAGAUCAUGGAAUACAUUGCCGAGUCGUCUACCGGUCAUUCAGAAUCUAUUGGUAAGAUUAAAGAUAUGGUUCUUGCUACGAACCCAUUGUUGGAAGCUUUCGGUUGUGCAAAGACAUUGAGAAACAAUAAUUCAUCAAGACAUGGUAAAUAUUUAGAAAUUAGAUUUAAUUCUCAAUUUGAGCCAUGCGCUGGUAACAUUACCAAUUACUUGUUAGAGAAACAAAGAGUUGUCAGUCAAAUUAAAGGUGAAAGAAAUUUUCAUAUUUUCUAUCAAUUUAGUAAAGGUGCAUCCGAAAAUUACAGAAAGAUAUUUGGUGUACAAAAACCUGAACAAUAUGUUUACACUUCGAGAUCCGGUUGUACAUCAGUAGAUAAUAUGGAUGACGUGGCGGAGUUCCAAGAGACAUUGAAGGCUAUGAAUGUUAUUGGUUUACCUCAGGAGGAACAGGAUCAAAUAUUUAGAAUGUUGGCAGCUAUCCUAUGGAUAGGUAACAUUUCGUUCGAGGAAAACGAAGAAGGUAACGCUCAAGUUAGAGAUACAUCUGUUACUGAUUUUGUUGCUUAUUUGUUGCAAGUUGAUGCACAAAUUCUUAUCAAAUCCUUAGUGGAAAGAAUUAUGGAAACAAGUCAUGGUAUGAAGAGAGGUUCAGUUUAUCAUGUUCCAUUAAAUGUCGUCCAAGCCAAUGCUGUUAGAGAUGCUCUAGCUAAAGGUAUAUACAACAAUCUUUUUGAUUGGAUUGUUGAUAGAGUCAACGUUUCAUUACAAGCAUUUUCUGGAGCUGAUAAAUCUAUUGGUAUUCUAGAUAUCUAUGGUUUUGAAAUUUUUGAACACAAUUCAUUUGAACAAAUUUGUAUCAAUUACGUCAAUGAAAAAUUACAACAAAUUUUCAUUCAAUUAACUCUAAAAUCUGAGCAAGAGACUUACGAAAGAGAACAGAUCCAAUGGACACCAAUUAAAUAUUUCGAUAAUAAGGUUGUCUGUGAGUUGAUUGAAUCUAAGAGACCGCCUGGUAUCUUUGCAGCAAUGAAUGAUUCGAUUGCUACUGCACAUGCCGAUUCAGACGCUGCUGAUCAAGCUUUUGCCCAACGUCUAAAUUUGUUCUCGUCUAACCCACAUUUUGAGUUAAGACAAAACAAGUUUGUUAUCAAGCAUUAUGCUGGUGAUGUUACAUACGACGUCAUCGGUAUUACUGAUAAAAAUAAAGAUCAAUUACAGAAGGAUCUAGUUGAAUUGAUGGGAACAACCCAAAACGAAUUUGUUAAAAUUAUUUUCCCAGAUAAUGUCGAUAGAGAGUCAAAGAGAAGACCACCAACUGCUGGUGAUAAGAUUAUUACGAGUGCCAAUGAACUAGUUGAAACUAUUUCAAAGGCCUCACCUUCCUAUAUCAGAACAAUUAAGCCAAAUCAAACUAAAUCUCCAAAUGAUUAUGAUGACCACCAAGUUUUACAUCAAGUCAAGUACCUAGGUUUACAAGAGAAUGUUCGUAUUAGAAGAGCUGGUUUUGCUUACAGACAAACCUUUGACAAAUUUGUUGAGAGGUUUUAUUUAUUGUCACCUCAAUGUUCAUAUGCUGGUGAUUACACUUGGCAAGGUGAAACUCUAGAUGCUGUCAAACAUAUUCUUGUAGACGCAUCUAUUCCUGAAAAGGAAUACCAAUUAGGUGUUACUUGUGUCUUCAUUAAAACACCAGAGACACUUUUUGCCCUUGAACACAUGAGAGACAAGUAUUGGUAUAAUAUGGCUGCUAGAAUCCAAAGAGCCUGGAGAAGAUAUUUACAAAGAAGAAUUGAUGCUGCUAUUAAAAUCCAGCGUGUUAUCAGAGAAAGGAAAGGUGGUAACAAGUAUGAGAAAUUACGUGAUUAUGGUACAAAGUUGUUGAAUAAUCAAAAAGAAAGAAGAUCUAUGUCCUUGCUUGGUUAUAGAGCCUUUAUGGGUGAUUACUUAUCGUGUAACGAAUCGAAGACCAAGGGCUCAUAUAUCAAAAGACAAGCCGGAAUUAAGGACAGAGUUGUAUUUUCCAUCAAAGGUGAACAGUUGCUAACUAAAUUCGGGAGAUCUGCGCGUAGAAUGAGAAAAGUUUUCAUUCUUACUUCUAAUAAAUUUUAUAUUGUUGGACAAACCAAUGUUAACAACUCCAUGAAAUACACAGCUGAGUAUUCGAUUAGUUUAAACCAAAUCAAACAAUUAAGUUUGACAAAUCUUCAAGAUGACUGGUUAGCAAUCAAUUUAUCGAAUAGCAGUCAACCAGAUCCAUUCAUUAAUACGUACUUCAAAACUGAAUUAAUCACACAUAUUAAGAAAUUAAGUUCUGGAGUUCAGAUAAAGAUCGGUCCAAUUAUUGAAUAUCAAAAGAAAGUUGGAAAGUUACACAAAGUUAGAUGCCAAACCAGUGAUGCUGCUCCAAAGUAUAGUGACAAUUACAAAUCUAGUACAAUUUCUGUAAGACAUGGUAAACCUGCUAACUCCAGAUCGAAAAAGAAGCCAAAAAAUAAGGGUGGUCUAAGUUCGGGUAGUACUAACAGACAUUCUCAUCGUACGUCUACAUCAACCAAUUCACCCGCUAAACCAAUAUCAAGAACUGGUACGAAAAAAGCACCUGUUCCACCACCAGGAAAAGGUGCGUCAUUAGCAGCAACUGCUGCACAGGCUGCGUACCAUCCUAACGGUAAGAAUAAACCUGCUCCACCAGCCCCACAGGCAUCUCGUAAACCGAGACCAAGCCCUCCAGCUCAAAAAACUCAUAAAAAGCCAGCCCCUAAGCCAGCCCCCAAACCAGCUCCACAACCCCAAGUUGCUCAAAAGCAAAGCGUGAUCCCUCCACCACCACCACCACCUCCUGCUGCUACUCCAUCAGAACCAAAGUUCGAAGCUGCAUAUGACUUCCCAGGUUCCGGCGCGCCAUCAGAAUUGCCAUUAAAGAAGGGCCAAGUGGUUUACAUUAGUAGACAAGAACCAAGUGGUUGGUCUCUAGCCAAACUACUAGACGGAUCAAAGGAAGGUUGGGUUCCAACAGCAUAUAUGGCUGAGUGUAAAACUCCAACUGUUGGAAUAGUGCCUGCAGCUCCACCUAUGGCUGCUGCUGUUGUCCAGAAUACACAGGCUCAACCCCAACAAGCUCAACCCCAACAAGAGGUCCAACCAGCUGCUGCCCCACAACCUAGUUUUGCUGACGGUUUAGCAUCUGCAUUGGCUGCCAGAGCUAACAAGGUUAGAGACGAAAGUGAAGAAGAACCUGACGAAGAUGAUGACUGGUAG